AUGCAGCGUGUUUUAAGUUCUAGGGCUAGAGCUUCGGUCCUUUCCGGAUCAACAGCUUCAAAGCUUCGUCCUUUACAACAAUUGAGAUUCGCCCACAAGGAGCUCAAAUUCGGUGUUGAGGCUAGAGCAUCUCUCCUAGCUGGUGUUGAAACUUUGGCAAAGGCUGUCGCCACUACCUUAGGACCUAAAGGCCGUAAUGUUCUCAUCGAGUCGGCAUAUGGUUCCCCAAAGAUCACGAAAGAUGGUGUGACCGUUGCAAGAGCGAUUACUCUCAAGGACAAAUUCGAGAAUCUCGGUGCUAGACUUAUUCAAGAUGUUGCGUCGAAAACCAACGAGACAGCUGGUGAUGGAACUACGACCGCAACCGUCCUUGCUAAAUCUAUAUUCUCCGAGACCGUAAAGAACGUUGCUGCAGGUUGCAACCCAAUGGACUUGCGCAGAGGUACACAAGCUGCCGUGGAAGCUGUUGUCGAGUUCUUGCAGAAGAAUAAGCGUGAUAUCACAACUAGCGAGGAAAUCGCACAAGUUGCAACUAUCAGUGCAAAUGGUGACACCCACAUUGGAAAAUUGAUCGCCAACGCCAUGGAGAAGGUUGGAAAGGAAGGCGUGAUCACGGUCAAGGAAGGAAAGACCAUGGAGGAUGAACUUGAUAUCACUGAGGGAAUGAGAUUUGACCGUGGAUAUGUCUCCCCAUACUUCAUCACCGAUACCAAGUCUCAAAAGGUUGAAUUCGAGAAGCCAUUGAUCCUCCUCUCUGAAAAAAAGAUCUCGAACGUUCAAGACAUCAUCCCGGCACUUGAGGCAUCCACUCAACUCCGUCGUCCUUUGGUCAUCAUUGCUGAAGAUAUCGAUGGAGAAGCUCUUGCUGUGUGCAUUCUUAACAAGCUUCGUGGUCAACUCCAAGUUGCAGCUGUCAAGGCACCCGGAUUCGGCGACAACCGAAAGUCUAUUCUCGGUGAUCUCGGCAUUUUGACUAAUGCUACUGUCUUCACUGACGAGCUUGAUCUCAAACUCGAAAAGGCUACAGCAGAUAUGCUCGGCACCACUGGAUCUAUUACCAUCACCAAGGAGGACACUAUCAUUCUGAACGGAGAAGGUAGCAAGGAUGCUAUUGCUCAACGAUGCGAGCAGAUUCGAGGUGUUAUGAGCGACCCAGCCACAUCUGAUUACGAGAAGGAGAAGCUACAAGAGCGUCUUGCUAAGCUUUCUGGCGGUGUAGCCGUUAUUAAGGUUGGUGGUGCCUCAGAGGUUGAAGUUGGUGAGAAGAAGGACCGAUUCGUUGAUGCUCUCAACGCCACUCGUGCCGCUGUUGAGGAGGGCAUUCUUCCAGGUGGUGGAACUGCUCUCCUCAAGGCUGCCGGUCAAGCCCUAGGUGGACUUAAGCCUGCCAACUUUGACCAACAGCUUGGUAUCAACAUCAUCAAGAGCGCCAUCACCAAACCAGCACGUACGAUUGUUGAGAAUGCCGGCGCAGAAGGAUCAGUAGUUGUUGGUAAGCUCAUGGAUGAAUUUGGAGCCGACUUCAACAAGGGAUUCAACAGUGCUACUGGGGAGUACGUUGACAUGAUCGCUGCUGGUAUUGUUGAUCCUUUCAAGGUUGUCCGCACCGGUCUGGUUGAUGCUAGCGGUGUUGCCUCAUUAUUAGGCACCACUGAGGUUGCCAUUGUUGAGGCACCAGAAGAGAAGGGAGCACCAGCUGGCGGAGGUAUGGGUGGCGGCAUGGGAGGUAUGGGUGGUAUGGGAGGAAUGAUGUAG